UUAGUCAACACCAAAGAAGAAGAACGUGAAUAGAAUAGUUUCUUUCAAAUGGGUCGAUGUGGACAGAAAAUUCAGUAUGUAUUGUUAUGUAGCCAGGUAGGCCUUUAACCCGAUUGGAGUGAUCUGGAGUAAUCCUUAUAAACGGAGCAGCAUUGAAGUUCUACACACGUCUGUUUUCUCUGAUCGUACUUUCCUUCAACAUGUGCUCCUUUCUGACAGUUGUAGGUGUCGGUACGAUCUGUGAUGACGACAUAUAACUUUACGUGAAUUGAGCGUUUAUUUCUCAAUUACUGUUUUUUUAAGCAAUUACUAUUUUUCAUGCAAAUCAAAAUAUUAAUUUUAUUUAGAAUCUUAUCUACAAAGCUAUAUUCUUUUUCUGAGAAAUCAGUUAAAACUAGUCCUGUGAAUGAUGGUAUACUCUGAACCGUCACGAAUAGUGGUUAUAAAAUGUUUUUUAGCGGGAAAGUCUAGGAAGAUGUUUACUAAAUAUUAGCGUUUGUUUGCAACCUAAAAAAUGUUCUUGAUAUUCAUUUAACUACAUAUUUUAAGUAUUAAUUUUAAUAAAAACAAUUAUUUUUGUUUUUACCUAACUUUAAAAUAUGUCAAAUUCCAAUGUAAUAAGUGCAGUUCAUUUAGAAAAACUAGAUCAUAAUAUUGAUGAAAUUAAAUUGAGAGCAUUGGAUAAUAUAAUAUCAAAAUUGGACGAUGGUUUUAAAUUCAAUUCUCCAAAAACUGAAAGAGAAUUCAUUCACAAACUUUUCAACUGGUUCAUCUCUAAAUCACUUCCUUGUUCUCCUGAUAAAAUCUUAAAUUUAAUUCAUCAAUUAAUUAAUACAAAUCAAUUAAAUGCACAUAAUUAUGGAAACAUUGAGUUCAGAAGAAAAUUAUCUGAGUUAAAAACUAAACUAGAUUCCACAUGGCAUGGUAAAUUAAAUGAUAUUGAAUCAGCUGUAUCAAAACAAUUGUUAUCAUCAAACCAGCUUGAGUUAACUCAUACUAGCGCAGAUUCACAACAAUUUAAUAAUGAAGUUAGUAAAAAUAAUGGAAACAACAUAAUAGAAAAUAUUAAUGAAGCUUUCAUCGAUGAACAAGGGACCGAAAGUUAUUGUGAAGCAAACGACGUAGUUGAUAAAGCUUUUUUUGAACAAAUAUCUCAUCUUCAAAUUGGUGAGAAUAAAACAACUAGUAGCUUAGCCUCUGAUAAUUUAUCUACUACUCCUGUAGUAUCUAAACAAGUUGAGGAAGCUUUGAGAUGGCUCGUAUUUCCUUGGCAGCCAUUAGUUUCAUCAGAUUACGGUGUUUUAUCAGCAGUUGAAGAGACUUUAAAUUCAAGUAUUAAUACAAAUACUAAUGCUAUAAUUCGUACAUGUCAGUUUAUAUCAAAUGUCAUGCUUCAAGACUUUCCAGCAGAAGUUUUUCUUCAAAGACCAUCAAUUGUUAUGAUUCUUCAAGCUCUUCUGCAGCAGUGCUGUUUAACCCCUCAAAAUACGCAAUGUGAUGAUGUACCAUGUAUUACAUCAAUGGUGUUACGAACACUACAUAAAUUAACCCGAUCUCUUCGGUUCCGUAUUUACUAUUAUCGUGAUUCUAGUAUAGUGAAUAGAAAACAAGGAUAUUUCGGGAAAAAGAAUGAUUCUCUAUCUCUAUCUCAUUCUAUGGAUCAUGGAAGAGAAAAUAGUACAGACGAGUUUGGUAAAGAUUAUGAAGAAUUGGUUUCAAAAAUGAAUUAUAAUGCAGCAUCAUAUCAACAACCAUCAAAUGCAGUUGUAACAGUGACUGACAGUACUUUGUUAGAUGAAUCUAGUUUACAAAUGAAACAAAUGUUAAUUCCCAAUUACUGUAUUGAAACAUUAGGUCACAUUUUGAAAUUGUUGAUGAAUAUACCAAUCGAUGAUUAUUAUUAUCGUCCAAUGAAAGAUACCAAAAAUAUGAUGGAUCUUAAUUGGGAACUUUUACAACUACUUAUUGCUAGUGUAACACCUUCAAUCUGGAUGUGCUCUGAUGAAAUAUCCCGUAAAAUUCAUGAAGAUCUUAAAGUUAUCAUGGAACUUCUUGGUAAUGUUCUACAGUAUUUAACAAAUUAUCAUAACAUUGAUUACUGUAGAAUUUCAUAUUUGCAUCUUAUUUGUAUGACUUUGCAACUGUUGUGUUCAUUAAUUCCUCUAGAAGUUGCAAACUUGAUCAUUCCGAAUAACUUAAAAACUGCUAUUUGCACUGCAUUGGUUGAUCCAUCAAUUUAUAUUAUGUAUCCAGAGUUAAAUGCCAUUUUACAUGAAUAUGUACAACAUUUCCGCGGUACUUCAGAAAUGGGAUACGUCAAAUUAUUUGAUGAGAUUCGCUUUAUAACAAAAUCUAUGAAAGCUGCCAUUAUCAUAUUAAAAUCAUCAUUGACCAUUAAUGAUAUAAAUGUUGAUACUUUAAAACUCAUGUAUGUCUCGCAAUCGAGUUUAAAUUAUCACAAAAAUUUAUCUAUUAUUGAAAAAUAUAUUUAUUUAAUUAAAAAUAUACAUCAGUUAAAACUAAAUACACAAGAAAAAGUGAUUAGUGUUAAAUUGCUGUUACAUUUACUAGCUAAUGGAGAUCAACAAGUACGAAUUGCUGCGUAUAAAGAGUGUCAUUCAUUAGUGUCAUCUGUUUUGUUUGGAAUUGAUACCACUAAAGAAAUUCAUGAAAAAAAGUAUACGUGUAUUAAUGUCAAUUGCAUAUCAUUUCUGUGUAAUUCUAAUGUUCUCACGGAAAUUAUUUGUCACGGAAUGAAUGACGAAGAUAAAGUAGUGAAAAAACUAUCAGAAGAUAUAAUAAUUUUUUUAUUAAAGGGUAAAAUUCAAAUGCAAAAUAAAAUUUGGCUAGAGUUUAUUGAAGCACUUUUACCAGUGUUAUCAUUAUUGCAAUGCUAUGCUGAAAUGAAAUCACCUUUAGGUCAGUGCAUAUCGAAGAUGUUCGAUCCAGAUAUUUCAGUUGAUAUUCAACUACCACAUACAGAAGUAAUAAAAGGUAAUAUGAGAUUUCUAUUUUCAUUAGACAAUACUAUAAGAGAAGAAGGUUCUUGUAGACUUAUUUAUUUACUCGAAAAUGAAAAAAAUUCAACUGAAAAAUUACCUCGACUUGCAUCAUUACAUGGUCUUCCUUUGGCAUCAUUAAUAUUCAAUCAUGUUGAAGAAAAUCGACCAGUAUUGCUUUCUUUUGAUGGAAAAUAUGAAAAAAGUAGUAUUCUUUCAGUUUUAGAGAUGUUCAAGGUUACACCAAGUGUAGAACCCAAAAUACGCAAGUCAGCAUUAGUUCAACUAAGCGUGAUACUCACCGAUAAAUCGUUGCAUGAAUUAUUUUUACGUGAAAACGGAUUAUCAUAUAUUUUAGAAAUAUUUGAGAAAGCUUUAAUUGAAAAAAACUAUGAAAAUUAUCCAGACUCAGUAGUUCCAAUCAUAACAAUUUUGAAACUUCUGGUUUUAUCACAACCCACUGUGCGUAAUGAACUCUCUAACAGAUCAGAUAUCUUGAUGAAUAUUUUACGGAGUGUAUUUUUAUUUCCAAAUAAUUUAUGUAUUAAAGCAGAUGCUUCUAUUUUACUAUUUCUUUUACUGUUUAAUGAUCAAUUAAUUCUUCUGAAAAAUAAAUCGAAAGAUGGACAACCACAUGAUCAUCAAAGUUUUGAAAUUUCUCUACCGUAUAUUAUUUUAAAAAACAUGCAGUUACCUUUUAUCAGCAAUAGUCAUUGGAAGUUUAGUAUAAAUCGAAAACCGGAUACUUCAAUAAUUCAUUUCGGCCAUCCUAUAGUUUCAACUUUUUUGAGACAAUAUUGGGCAUGGCGAUGGAGCAGUUUAGAUGAAUUAAAUAACUCAAUACUUAGCAUGGAAAAAGAGGAUCUGGAUAAUUUGGAAAUCGCAGAAAAUCUGAGAAUUAGAGAAUCUGAAAGAAUUUGCUUGAAAUUGACAUCAGUCAGUCAUUGCUGUCAGCAACAACUUUUAAAUAUUCAAGCUUCCACAACACAUCAACAAGUCAUGUGUGCUCUCGACUAUUUAUGGAUGUAUAUUAAAUAUAUUUCACGUCUCGAACACUUCAUGAAAAUUCAAAAAUUAACUUCAAUGCCAUGGGAGAAGACUUUUCAGCGAUUUCUCUUAUGUAGUCCCACUAACAAAGAAGAUGGUCAUCUUUACGUAAAUAUUUUAAACUUUCUCAAUAUAUUAAUUAAUAUCACACAUGAUUCAAAUCUUAUAUCAUGGCUUUCAAAAAGUAUAAAAAACAUAACUAAGUUUUUAUCGGACAUUGUGGAAAAUUUUGAUCUAGAAAGUCAAGACAUUCAUCAAUCGAUUUUAAGACUCGUUCGUUCUUUAUGUCACAAUAAUUUCGAAGAAAAAUCUUUACAAAUCCAACAUCAACCGCAACAAGGAGAUAAUACGUGGAAUGUUCUUAUUCAAUUGCUAAUAUCAAAUUUAUGCUUCAAUGAUCCGCAUCAACAACACCGAGAACAACAACAGCAUUUUUAUAAUUUAGUGUAUUUGGAUUGGCUUUUGACGUGUUUAAUACAUUUAACAAGUAGAUGUCAAUGGGAUUGUCCAAGAGAUCUAUUAGUUUCUUUAGGCAAUGCUCUAAUUGAACUUAUUACUUCGUUCCACAGCAAUGGAGCUGUAAGUUUCAUGGGUCUAUCAAUUACUCGUAAUUCAAUUAUUUGCUUGAAUCAUUUAAUUCAUUAUAUGAAAAUAAAUUUUCAAAAGCCUAAUGAUUGGACUUUAUAUUGGUAUCAACAAAAAGAAAGAAACCUAAGCUGGAUUCCAAUACUUUGGAAAAAUCGAGACCCUUUGAUACGUGCAUCAGCACUUCAAUUACUUGCUGGAUUAAUCCAAGCACCUCAUAAUGCUCAGCAACUUCUCAAUGCUUUAAUCAUGGCACCUAGCGAACUUUGCCAAGAACUUUUAAAAUUUAUUGUUAACAGAGAAGAAUGUUGUAUUGUCAAAGAACAUGCUUGCAUUGCUUUGAGUAAUUUGAUAAAAACUAGCAGCGAUCCAUCUUAUGAGUAUGUUGAUUCUCUUGAAUCUAAUGCUAUAUUUCUUUAUAUUGAACGAAUGAAUGUUUACCAUGAAAUCAAUCUUAUUUGUAGCAAUAUUUUUAUGUUACCAAGUCUCGAUUCAAAAAAAGUGUCCGAAUCUCCACUUUAUUAUAAUAAUUCUACCGAAAACAAUUGUAAUGAAAAUGAAAAUUUUGGUACUCAAAGAUUUUUAUCCCUUCCUAAGGCUAUUUUACAUUUGUACAGCUGUCACGAUGAAAUGCUGAUAUUAUCUUCAUCAUCUGCUCAAGAUCAUUUAAUUGAUGCUAAUUCGUUCCCAGAAUUUCUUUCAACACCUUCUCUUAUAACUUCUAUUUGUAAAUUACUGAACAAUUUAAUCAUCGUAGGCGAAUAUGAAUGUAUCAAUAAAAUACAUGAACAUUCUCUGGAUAAAUAUUUUGUUAGAUGUCUUGGAUCAAUUCCAAAAAUAAGCUCAAAAUUUACAAAUAAUCUGAACCAAUAUUGUGAUAUUUUAGGAUUGUAUUCAAGUAUUUGUAUUAUCUUAACUAAUUGUAUAAUAUAUAGUAAAAAUUUUGCAGCUGCUGUUAAUUUUUCCCUCGAAAAUUUUGUUUUAUUAUUUAGUUAUUUAAAUAAAAAUCAUUUCAAUUGUGAUACAAAUAAAUUAAUCCAUCUGUAUAACAAGCUAUCGAUUGCAGUCUUUACUUUCUUUAGUGCUUUAUCGUCAACAGAGUCUCAAAAUGAUGAAGCUUUAAAAAACGCCAUAGAAAUAGUAGGCUUAAAUAUCGUUGUUGAAUCUAUCUAUGAUGCAAUUAAUCAGAAUGUAGACACUGAAUUACGUAUGAGCGCUAUUGCCUGUUUGUCAUUUUUACUUUCCAAAGAGAUUAUGAAUCGAGAAAAUGCUAUUGAAGAAGCAGAAGCUAAAGAAAUUGAGAUGAAAGAUAAACAAGAAAAAUGUAAUAAUGAAGCAAUUGGAUAUAAUAGUUUCUUAGAAGUUAGUACAACAUUAAGUACAACAUUUAUUCUACGUUCAUCAAUAUGUAUAAAAAAUGACGACAGUGAUGAUAAUGAUGCAUCUACAGAAGACAAAAAUAAUGAAGCACAACAAAUUACACUUAGUUCAGGAAUUUGUAAAAUUUUAAUACACCUUUUAAUUGCUCAUAAUUAUGCCAAUAAGUCAAAUUUUAAUGUACAGAGAUCGAAAGAUAAGAACAUAAUUAUUGGAGCAUUAACGAAUUUGUUAAGUAUUUCUAUUGAUGCAAAAAAUUCUGCGAUUGAAGAAAAUUUAUCUAAAAUUAGUAUUAUGAUUUUGAAGGAACUUUAUACUGAAUUGAAUCUUCAGCCAUUUAACAACAUCAAACGAAUGAAUGCAGUACGUGAAAAAAAAGGAGUUUCUUCGUUGUUCAGUGAUUUAAACCGAAUAAUGUUACUUUUAAUAAACUUUGGAUAUAAUAAUCAGACUGCAAAAAAGACAAUAAGUCAAUCAGGAUUGGCUGAUAUGAUUCACAAGUUGUGGGUGUGGAUUUCUCUAAAUGAUUCAACACUUUUGACAUCAUUAAAGUUGAUGGCUACGAUUACAACCAAUUGUCCAGAAGGUGCACAAUCGUUGACAUCUACAACAACAUUAUGGCCUGUAAUAGGUCCUAGGAAGAUGCUUACUACCGGUUCAUUAAUUCACGUUAUUAUUCAUAUGAUCACUAAAGAAAUUGAUAGAACUGAUUCUCACUUAUUCAACAUUCAACGGUUACAAUUAUCAUUCAACAUACUACGGAAUGCUGUACACAGCUAUGAUUGUCGUGUAUCUAUAGCUAAAAGUAAUCUUUUCAACUUUUUUCCGAAAAUUCAUCCAUCAACUACAAAACGAACUAAACCAUGGCUUUUUGUUGAAGUCUAUUGUUUAGAAUUUCUCAUUGACUUCACUUUUUAUGAAGAAGGGCAAACAUCUGUGUCGAAGGCAACAGAUGCUGUAGAAGUGUUAAUUCAACUUGCAAGAUGUAACACAGCUGCCACAAGAAUUUUAUCUCUAUCUACUUUACGUAAUCUGCUAUUUAAUACAUCGAAUAGACCACGAUUUAUUUCUUCAAUGGAUUUUCUUAACUUACUACAUCGAACGCUUAAAAAUGGCAGUUUAUGCGAGAUAGGAAUAGCUGGAUCUAUGCUUUGGUCUAUAGUGGCAAACAAUCAGAAAGGUAAAUUAGUUGCAAGGACUUCAGGAUUAUCCUCUUGCCUCCAUGAAGUUCUAGGACGAUUGACGUUGAUGCCGGAAAAAAAACAACAAGAUGUCGCAAAAAUGUUGCAGUAUGUCAUUAAAAUAUUGAACACAGACUUCUGAUCAUUGGCUGAUGAUAAAAGUGAUCAAAGGCAAUAUAUACAUUGGAGGAGAAGGAAGAGAAAGAGAAGCGAAGGAGAAGUGUGGUGUUGGUGCUCAGGGUCACGUGACAUCGGAUGCAUUUGCGUCAAUGCUGACCUCCGAAUAUAAGUUGUAUCCGUGCAUACUAUGCCUACUCUGAGAUUGCACCAGCAGGCGAGAAUAAUUGAGGGGACCGCAUGAGUUUUAUAGCGUAGAGCGUGGGACCAAAUGAAAUUGAUGAUUUAACAUACGAUAUAAAAUAUAAUGAAAAUAAUACCAAACUAUUUUUAUAAAAUAUUAUCUACAAUAAAAAGUAUUUAUUCAUUUUUGUAAAUUCAAACAAAGAAAAAAAUAAAAGUCAAACAAGUUACUCAAGUUUACAAAAACAUACAAGUCUAACGGAAUUUCUUAUUUCUAGUUUGUCGACAAAUAUAAAUAUGUAUAUAUUCUUCUUAAUUUUAUUCAUUGCAACAAUUUAGCUAAAAUGCCAUACAAAAUACAUAUUACUUUUUAAUUAAUUGUCGAUUUAUCUUAUCAACUGAUAAGAUAAUAAGUUGAUAUACUCUUAUGAAUCUAAUGAUAUUUGUUGGUUUAUUAUGUAUUAUUAUUUCAUUUUAUUAUUCACACAUAUUUCGAGACAAUAGCAGCUUUGGAAAUUCCAAAUGUAUGUCAGAGUGUUAAUAACUGGAGAAAAAAUUGUCAGUAUUAAAUACAAUUCCAUUGUUUUGUGUGAUGUGUCAUAAAUGGAGCCAAACUUCAGAUCUGAAGAGCAUAUGGUAUCAAGUGAAAAACCAACAGGAAAAUUGCACUUCUUGCAAUGUGCUAUCAUGAGUGAAUACCGAUCCAAUGGCUACGUUAAAUGACAUGUUAAAUAGAAAAUAAAAUAUAACAAUGAGUAGUUUUAUAAUCAUAGUAAUAAUUUAUCAAACAAGUCAUGUUCAUCAUUAACGUUAAUUCAAACAAAAAUGUCGAGAUGAUAUCGUACUAAAUUUUGAACAAUACUAGCUACCAAGUUAAUAAUUGAUGUAUCUAUAUGAUAAAAUAAUAAAAUGAGAUUAUUAUUAAAAAUCUAAAUAUUACUUUGAUCUUUUGUUAAAUAAAAAGAAAUGUUACUAUUGAUACUAAAAUUUAUUUCUUUAUUAGUACAACUGAUAUUCAGAUAUGAUCCAUGAUCAUGAAUAUAUUACAAUAAAAUGAUAAUUGGUCAUAUAUCCGUUAUCAAUAUACGUCAGCAGAGUUAUUUUUGUAAGUGUCUUUUCUUAUAUAUUUUUAUAUCAACAAUUGAGUCAAUAUAAUUAUGAUUUAAAAAUUCUUAAAUAUUUGUAGGAGAUAUAGUUCUUAGCUCUUUUUAGAAU